GUACCACACUUAAAACAUUUCACUGACCAAACAAUUUUCCGGUUUUAAGGCGGUUUUAUCAAAACAAAAAAUGCACACACAAUAUUUUUGAAAACAUAACAAGAUAAAAUCACCAGAGGCAUUGAAUGGUUAGCCCAUCAAAUAAAUAAAAGAUGAGUUUCAUAAAGGCUAGAAUAAAUCCAAACAAAGGACCUCCAGAUAUGUUUGAAGAGUUGUAUCAAAGAAGUCCAGUUCCUAAGAAUCUGUUUAUGAAUUCAUCAGGAAUCAGUGUUAAUACUUCAACACAGGGACAAUCACUACAUGUACAGAAAAGUCACAUCUUUAACCAGUUGAAGUCACAAAAUUCUUUUAAAUCCCCUCCAGCUAUUUAUACCUCUAAAAGUUUUCAUGAACAGAGUUUACAGAAAUCAAAUUACACAAAUCUUGAAUUACCUAGACAGAGCAAUGCUGUACAAUUAUCUAACACUGAAACUUUAAACAUACAAAGGAAUGGUUCAAAAGACAACUUUGAUGGAGAUAUAAGUAACAAUAGUAGAUCAUCCUGGCAGAACAAUACAUUUCGUAGCGACAUUCAAGAUAAUAACAAACUAAAUAGACUUGAUGAGGUGGAUGGGGUAGGCCAUAAAAGCAGUGCUAGUUUUUCUUAUAACAAUUCAGUUGAGUCUUCUGAAUCUCAAAGUGAAGUUUUAACAGACAGAUCAGUUAGAAGUUCUGCUGGAGUUUCUAUGUCAGCUGCUGCUAUUUUUAAAAAGAUAAAACUUCUAUCACCAAAUAAAGAAUUAGAAAGCAUUUCUAUUGAAAACCAGGAAAACCAUGAUCCUGAAUCAAGUUCAAAUGUCAGUUCAAAUGAUUAUAGAUAUCCAAUAGAAGUGAAUGUUGAGACUAGGAAAGAGGUCACACAUGUAGGGACAAUGAAUCGUCAAGAUGAAUUUAUACAGGAGGCAUUAAUUGAAAGGGUUACAAAUUCCAGUGAUGUGAUACAGAACCAUGAUUUACAGAUAUGUAAAGAUGAUGAAGAACCGGACACUUCCGUAUACAAACUAUAUAGCUGGAUUAUCAAACCGAUCCCUGAAGUCAAAGGGAUCUGUGUCGAAGGGAAAAAGAAUCCAAAUGAUGAACAGUUUUUUCAAAGUAGUAUAGUGACAACUCGUAUUAAGAAGAACGAAGUAAGCACUUUAAAUGGAUCCAAGUAUAGAUUGAUUGGGAAUAUGGAAAAACAGGAUGCUUUGGAAGCAGGUAUUACUGAGGAUGUUGUGAAAGACUUUACUAAAGGUUUUCCAAUUAAAUGGAAAGCCAAAAUCUCAGAGUACUUUGAUAAGGUGAAGUUUGUUGAUGAGACACAUGACACACUUGAUGAGGAGAGAUUAGAAGCUGGGGCAGUAAAUGAUAUUGCAGUUGAAGAUAAGAUCCCUGAUGAGAUUAACCAUCUACAAGAAUCACAUGACAGACUUUCAAGUGAGAAUGUCCUGACAGACUGGAUUAUCAGACCAAUAGGAACAUCAGAUAUCUGUGUUGAUGGUAAAAAGAGUGGUACAGAAGAAUACUGGCAUAGCACUGCUAUAGAUUACAUCAUAGACAAAAGAACCUUGGUAACAACGUCAGGAACUGUCUAUAAAAUACAGGGUCAAAUAUCACAGCUGGACAUGUUAGAAUCAGGAUUUUCAAAGAGAGUUAUUAAGAUGUUUAUUAAUGGUUUCCCUAAAUCUUGGAAGAUUUAUGUAAAAGAACAUCUCAAUGGUUUAAAUAGACGUAGUAGGACAGAGCGUUAUCUCACACCAAAAGCACAAAAGCCAGGGACAUCUGAUGUGUCGUCUGAAGUUUAUACACCCACUGGGAAGGUAGAAUUAGGCACUUUGAAGACAACAAGGAGUGGAAGAGUAGUUAAACCUACUCUAGCAUGGUGGGCAGGUCAAAGGGUUAAAACUUAUGAUGACAAUACGUUUGAAACAACUUACAUUUCAUCACACACUCCUGAAAUAUUGAAAGAAAUGUCUGAAACAUACAAAGCAAGGCAUCUGAGUACAUCAAAAAAUAAACGAGCCAAAAUUUAUAGCAGCGACAGCUCUGCAGCUGAAAAAUAUAAAAGUACAGAUAAAAAUACACCAGUGAAAAUUAACAGAAGUGGAAAAAGGAUCUUGGAUAGACAGCCCAAACAAAAAAGAUUGUCAGAAAAAGCAAAAAAUGGAAGUUAUAGUUAUGACAAUAAGAAUGUUAGAUCUCAUGAUCCCUCAGACGACUGUAGGACCACAGGGCAUAGCAAAACUACAACCUCGUUAAAUAGUGCUGAUGAGGAUCUAGAUAGUUUAGUAGAAGAUUUAGAUAAUACUGUCACACAAGCAAAACUAAAAAGAAAAACACCUGUGGUAAGAAAAGAUACAUGUUACAGUCGGACAGGCAAGUCAAAAAAGACUUCUAACAAGACUUCUGAUGAUACAUAUUCAGUUGAUUUAGAUCAGGAUUUUGAAGAGGACACAAACGUUAAAGGUCAAAAAUCUAAGAAAGGUCGUAAAAGUACAGUUUCUUCAAAAUCAUCUGCAGUGCAAAACAAGAAUGGCAAUAAGGGUACUAAUUCUAAAAAACUUGACCAAAGUAAAAAUAAAUUAUCAGACAAUUCCAGGUCACGUAAACUAAGAACAAAUGAUCACAGAAAGAAGAAAAGUAUUUCUUCUGAUGAAGAAUCUAAUGAUAGUGAUGGUGAUAUAAGUAAGAAGACUGGAACUGUUAAGAACUCAGAAGAUUCAGAUCAAGAUUUAGAAGAGGAUACGAACGUCAAAGGUCAAAAGUCAAAUUUGAAAUCAAAAAAAGGUCGUAAAAGUACAGAUUCUUCAAAAUCAGUUGCAGUGCAGAAUAAAAAUGGUAAUAAGGGUACUAAUUCUAGAAAACUUGGAAAGCAGAGUAAUUAUCAAAGUUCAGAUACUCCAAAAUUGAGUGAAAAUUCCAAGAAAAAAGACCUAACUUCAAGGUCUUUGCGAAAAAGAACUGAUAAUUACAAUGAAAGGACGAAGAAUUGUAUCUCUUCAGAAGAAGAAUCUAGUGAUGAUGAUGAUGAUUUUAGUAAGAAAACUGGCACUGUUAAGGCUAAGAGAACACAAAGCAGGAUUAAUAAACCAGCAGAAAAGCCUAAGGAUGAGCAAGUCAGUAAGAAAAAGACUGGUACCAUCAAAGCAAAAGAUAAACAAAAUGGUGCAAAGAACAUUUCACAAAAAGUGAUAGAGGAAUUAUUACCAUGGUCCAAACAGGAAGUUAACACUCUAAAUAAUGCAAUAGCCAGUAUACCGGGAGAUAAUCCCUCUUUCUGGGAGAUUGUCGCAGAGAAAGUUGGUACACGAACAAGUGAAGAAUGUAUUGCAUGGUACUACAAAGAUGUCCCUAAGUCAACAAAGAAAAGAAAAGUCAAUAAUGCAGUGAAACCUAAUGAAGUUAGAGCUAUAACAGCAGGAAAGGGUACUCUUAAGAGAAAACAACAGCUAAGAGAUCUGAUAGAACACCAUAAUGAUGGCUAUGAGGAUGAUUUAUUUGAUUCUACUCCAUAUAGAAACCAAGACAAUGUAAAGGUACCAAAACUGAUGGAUGACAGUGAUGGUGACAUAUUUGAAGAGAUGUCCAGAAAACAUCCACACCUUCUCAACAAGAUCUACACACCACUGACCAGGGUCCAUCUAGAUCCAGUCUCAGAGAAAAAGACUCCAGCUACCUCCUUAGAAAGCCCAUGGACUAAUAUUGACAGGAAAGAUGCUGAUCAUUACAUCCAUCAGCUGCAGAAGAGGCGUCAAAUGAAGGGGCGUAAAAUUUUAGAUAAAAAUCAAACUCCUGUCAACAAAAAAUCACAAAAAACUACAGCAUCACCCACUAAGAAUUUGUUUGGAAAGUCAUUUGACAGCCAGAGCUUGUUCAUGGAUGAUGCCAGCUCUUCAGAAAAUCAUGACAACUCAGAUGAAGAAGCUGAUUAUUAUUUCUCUGACAUGGAGAAUUGAUUAUCAUUAAUUUUUUUACCCAUACACUUUUUAUUUCAUCAUUCGAUCAUUUUAUUUUUUUGCUGUCAUUUAUAUUUAGAUUUUAUUCAGAUUUAUCAACUGUUAUAUUUAUUUUGCAUUCAUUUUCUUACAGUUGUGUAUGUUAGCCUCAGCCUUAGUCAGUUAUUCUUCAGUAACAUCAACUUAAAUAAGUUUUUAUUCAAGAUGUAAUAAUUAUUGACCAUUGAUAUUUUUAUACUGUAGCAUUAGUAUCAGUAGACUUCAAAGAUUAUUUGAGGCUUCACUGUCUUAAUAAUGUUUCUGCAAUGAUUUUUUUUCAUUCUGUUUAGUUUCUUGAUUUAGUGUGUUUAUAGUGUGUUGCUUAUACCAGACUUUCAUAUAAUAUUUGUUAUGGUGUUGUAGUCCUACAUCUUAGCUUCAAAGAGAAUGUGUGGUUUGUGUCAAUAUCUUUUAAAGUUUUACAUUGUUCAAAUGUCAAAUUUUCUGAUAAAGUGUAUGUCUUUUGAUAAUAUUUGUUUUGUUGUUGCAUUUGAACUUGUGCAUUUUAGUUCUACAAGCAGUAUAGUAGGCUUUAGAGUUCUUGUAAUGUGUACAUGUCCAUCUAACUUUGAUAUCAUUUUUGGGGUUCAUUUAUAAUGUUAAGUUGGUGUGGUAUCUGUAGUAAACCUUGAUGUCAAAAACUUUCAUAAAAAUAAAUCAACCAAUAUCAGAUUAUGCAGGCCAGGUUUUUCAGCAUGUACGCUUUUGUUUUAAUUUGGUUACUGUAAAAAGUCUUAUAAUUUAUUUUUAAAAAUGAUUCAUUUUAGUAUACAGUAAACAGGUGUCUUGUCCAUUAAUUUUACAAUGAAUUUGUUGUCAUUUUUUAUUGUUAUUCUAUAUUUGUUACAUGUACAGUGUAAAGAAUCAACUUUUAUAUGUUUAUAGUGUAAUUUAAAACUAAUGUAAAAAUUGUGGACUUUAAAAUUGAAUAAUAUCUACUUAUAUGUAUAAUGCAAAAAGUAAAAUUACAAAAUACUGAACUUACAAUCAAUUGGGAAAGUCCAUCAUCACAUGGCAAAAUCAAAUAACAAAACGCAUCAAAAACGAAUGGACAAGAACUGUCAUAUUCCUGACUUGGUACAGGCAUUUUCUAAUGUAGAAAAUGGUGGAUUAAACCUGGUUCUAUAGCGCUAACCCUCUCACUUUAAUAACAGUCUCAUCAAAUUCUGUUAUAUUUACAUUGAUGUGUUAAAUAAACAGACACAAUAAAUAAAAUAGUCAAACUAUGGGUACAUCAGUCAUCAUGUACAAUAUUGUAUAAUACAAUCAUACAUGAAAAUCUCAUUCAAAGACCUAAAAUUAUUUCUCCACUCUAGGAGUGUGAGCUGCUUGCUUUCAGCCUGUUCAUUUGUAAGUUUCUUCAUCCAAUAUGUGUAAUCCCAUUUUUUUCUCAGGUCCUACAGUGGCUCUUUAUUUGGUGGGCAGCUAAAAAGUGAUUAGUUGUAAUAUGAUAGCACUGUUCAGGUCUGUUAGACACACUAUUCCUGUUUGCCAAUACAUUAAAUUGUUUAAUUAUGUUUAGUUAACUUUAAUUUUCUUAACACACUUUUAACAUGUACAAGUGAACAAAAUUACUUCCUGUUAAAUCAGCAGCUUGACAGUGAUAAGUAAGUACAAUAGUAUUGCCAUGGGAGGCCUGUACUAUAAAGGAAGAAGAAGAUAUAAAGUGUAAACAUUUUUCUGAUCUGCCAGAAACCCACUUUCUGUUUGCUGAUAUUUUGAAUUGAUGUGAUUGAAUGGAGAAAUUGGUCACAGUGACACCAUCCCUUUUAGUCGCAUAAGAUUUUUUAGAUUGUAAGUGAAAAUUCAAGUUUUGGGUACGGUAUUUUUCAUUGAAAAGCAACAUAUAUUUGCAUUUCAUUUUAUGGGGGAGCCCUACCUUUGUCAUGUUUUAGUGAAUAAGGAAGUUUUUUAAUUUUCAGUUUAUUUGGAAUGGCAUGUUAUUUUGAGUUCUUUGGAGUCGAGUCCGUAGACAUUUGAUAUUUCGACUCUUUUUUUCAAUCAUUGCACAUUUAUUCAACUUUUUCAAAUUUUGUCCUAUUAGGCCUUUUAUAGCUGGCUAUGUGGAUUUUGCUGAUUAUUACCUAUAGUUGCUUACAUCUACAUCAUUUGGACGCUGGUUGAUUGUUGUCUCUUUGCCACUCGUACCAUAACUCCUUACUAUUACCUUGUAUUGUUAAAUGAUAUUUCCUGCUUAUAAUUAGAUUUAUCAUGUGCUGCUUAUAUAUAACCUUAACUAACAUUGUAGUGGUAUUUCCAUCACCAAUAUCAUAUGUAUAAAAUUGGAAGAAUCCGUGUGAUGAUGAAGCUGUUAAUAGAUUCCCUGGAAUGAUGCACGUGUAUGUGAAGGAAAAUUCUCUGAAAAAUGAUUUUACUUCAUUGUUAAGGUUUUUUUUUAUUAUUAUUUUAGAAAUCAAUCAAGUGUAAUAGCUUAACAAUUUUAGAACACAUUUCAUCUGGUGAAAGACUGCUUUUUAAUAAAGCUUAAAACAA